GAGAAGGGAUCCUCUUUCCGAUUCCUAAAAUUAUCUUAACUUUUUUUAAACAUUUUUUCAUAAUCGGAAUUUUAAAGAUAUCUAGAUGUGAAAAGCUCAUAAGACUACCACUCGGUGUUCUAGAAGCUAUGCACUGAGCCACACACACACCAUGGGAAUAUCAAUUUGUGCCACUUGACUUUCCUAACUGAUCAAUAGAUGGAAAGAUAAAAGAUUUCCUCCUUCAAAUACUCCCCCUUUGGCUCUAUGGCUUUGAAUUGAGCCGCCUUCUUGCUUCCUUUCUUGCUUAUUAGCAUAUCUUUCACUCUAUCUAAGAGAUCUUUCCUCCACCACUAAAUAUAUGCUCCCUUUGGUGCAUAAAUUGAGGUACAUUGUACCUCUCAAUUUUGAGCACUUGAUCAAAAAUCAAAGGCCAUUAGUCCUUUCGGCUCACGUAUAUACUGGGUGCCAAUGAGAAGGAAAAGGUGAUGAUGGGAUCUAGCUUGUUGGAAUAUUUGAAGUGCUUGAGGUUUUCGCUGCUUUAAGGAGAUGUUAGCGUUUGGUAGCUGAGAGAUCGAUCUCAUGUCACUCGUAGAGAGUAGAAAUAUUUGUAAAGAUGAAGUAUAUGAAACUAGGAACAAAGCCAGAUACCUUCUACACGGAAGAAGCAACAAGGUCAGUUUUAUCUGAUGUACCAAGUGACCUUAUCAUUCAGAUCAAUAAUACCAAAUAUUUAUUGCAUAAGCUCUUCCUCCUCCCCUCGCAGUUCCCCCUCCUCCUAAAAUGCGGGCUCCUCCAGCGCCUCUGCUCGGACUCCUCCUCCUCCUCCCCAGCCUCCGGCGCCUCCCCGUCCUCCCCGCUCAUCCUCCCCGAUUUCCCCGGCGGCGAGGCCGCCUUCGAACUCUGUGCGAAAUUCUGCUACAACAUCUCCAUCACCCUCUCCGCCCACAACUUCCUCCCCGCCCUCUCCGCCGCCUCCUACCUCCUCAUGACUGACUCCAUCUCCCGCCCAAACUUCCUCCCUAAACUCCACACCUUCUUCCUCUCCUUCAUCCUCCCCAAUUGGAAGGACUCGGUCGUCACCCUAGCUUCAUCAUCCUCAACCUCCCCUCCCUUCUCCGAUCCCACCAUCAUCCGCCCCUUGAUCGACUCGAUCGUCUCGAAGAUCCUGACCCCGGCGUCACAAGUCACGUGGUCGUUCACCUACUCCAGACGAAUAUCCAAUUCGUCAACGCCCAAAGAUUGGUGGACCGAGGACAUCGCCGAGUUAGACCUCAACCACUUCAGGACGAUCGUCUCGUGCUUAAAAUCGAGCGGUGGUUUACCCCCGGCGCUCAUCGGGGAGGCAUUGCAUGUCUAUUCGGUCAAGAACCUUCCGGAUCCUAAUGGAAUGGUGGAGUUGCGGGGGAAGGAACGAAGGGUUCUUGAGGCAGUAGCGAGCAUGAUCCCUAUCGAGGAUGGGGCCGUCUCCGGAGGGUUCUUGAUGAGACUACUCAAGAUUGGGAUCUUGGUCGGAGCGUCGACAAGCGUGAGGGCGGAGCUUGUACGGCGAGCGGGGAGGCAAUUGGACGAGGUUUCGGUUGGGGACUUGGUGUUUUAUGUGAGGGAGGGGGUUGUUGAUAUCGGGGUGGUCGAGGCGGUAGUGGAGAGUUUCCUGGAGGGGUUUAGGAGGAGGAGGGCGGUGGAGAAAGAUGAGAGGGAGAGGAUGAGGAGAGUUGCCAAGGUGUUUGAUGAGUAUUUAGGGUUUGUUGCCGGAGACCGGGAGAUGACCGUCGAGAAAUUCGUGGAGCUGUCAACAUUACUGCCGGAGGUGGCAAGGGAGGAGCAUGACGGGCUUUACAGGGCAAUUGAUACCUUCUUGGAGGAGCACCAAGACCUGUCCAAGGCAGAUAAGAAGAGGCUGUGCCAGAUGAUAGACUGUCGGAAACUAUCGCCAGAAGCGCGGUCGCAGGCGAUAGCGAACGAUAGGCUCCCGCUGCGAACUUUGGUGCAGCUGCUCUUCGUCGAACAAGAGAGAAUGGCUGGGACCAGAGAAUUCCGAGGAAGCCCUACAGCUCAUCAAACUGUCGAAGGUGAAGACCAUAGACGUCGGCGAGCAGAAGAAAUGACCGAGAGAGGGAGGCCGAGCACAGGAAAGAAAGGAGAAGGCUCUGGAAGCAAGCCAGAGCACAAGGGAAGAGGUGAAGUUGAUGUGGAGAAGAAGAAGAAGGUGGAAAAAAGACUUGGGUAACAAUAUUCUCUAAGUUUCUUCUCUUUUUAAAAUACAUAAUUCUUUCAUACAUGAAACUAUGAAAAUGUGUUCAAGUUUUUUUUGCCCCUUUAUGGUUUUAUUUUUUUGUUAUGGAGACUAGAGAUAAGGAGGUGGAGGUUUUUUAUUUUUAUUUUAUUUUAUUUUAUUGUGAAUUGUUGUAAAGUGAUGGUAUGGUAUAUGACAGAGAGGGAUAUAGUUCGCAAUUAGAUUUCAGA